ACCGGAUGAUGUGGAGGAGGAUAAGGUGCGACAGCCGAGUGUGAAGAGAUGAGGUGACAGCGGGACUGGUGCGCAGUGCACAUAAUCCUGGAGCGGAGCCCCCGACAUGUGAAGACCCCGCCGAGUACUGACCGGAUCCAUCACUGUGUUAUUAGGGGGGGGGGGAAUCUCCUCAUCAUCCACCACCAUGAGCUUCCUGAUCGACUCCAUCUUCAUGGUCAUAUCUCAGCUGCUGUUCUUCGGCUUUGGAUGGCUGUUUUUCAUGCGUCGGCUCUUCAAAGAUUAUGAGGUGCGGCAGUAUGUCGUCCAGGUCGUCUUCUCGGUGACCUUCGCCUUCUCCUGCACCAUGUUUGAGCUCAUCAUUUUCGAGAUCCUGGGCUUACUCAACAGCAGCUCUCGCUAUUUCCACUGGAAGCUCAACCUGUGCGUCAUCCUGCUGGUCCUCGUCUUUUUGGUGCCGUUUUAUAUCGGAUACUUCGUGGUGAGCAACAUUCGACUGUUGCACCGGCAGCGGCUGCUCUUCUCCUGCGCGCUGUGGCUCACCUUUAUGUAUUUCUUUUGGAAGCUGGGAGAUCCCUUUCCUAUCCUGAGCCCAAAGCACGGAAUCCUUUCCAUAGAGCAGCUCAUCAGCCGGGUGGGUGUCAUCGGGGUCACCCUGAUGGCCUUACUCUCUGGGUUUGGUGCAGUGAAUUGUCCCUACACCUACAUGUCCUACUUCUUAAGGAAUGUAACAGAAGCUGAUAUCCAGGCACUAGAGAGAAGACUACUGCAAACCAUGGAUAUGAUUGUCAGUAAGAAAAAGAGGAUAGCCAUGGUCCGGAGGAAUAUGUUCCAGCGAGGAGAAGUGCACAACAGACCAAGUGGAUUCUGGGGGAUGAUCAAGAGCGUGACGUCAUCAGCUCCUGGCAGUGAAAACCUGUCUCAGAUCCAGCAGGAGGUGGACGCUCUGGAAGAACUGAGCCGCCAGCUGUUUUUGGAGACGGCGGACCUGCACGCCACUAAGGAGCGCAUCGAGUACUCGAAAACCUUCCAGGGAAAAUACUUCAAUUUCUUGGGCUACUUCUUCUCCAUUUACUGCGUCUGGAAAAUCUUUAUGGCCACAAUCAACAUCGUCUUUGACCGCGUGGGGAAGACUGACCCGGUCACCAGAGGGAUCGAGAUCACCGUGAAUUACCUGGGCAUCCAGUUUGAUGUCAAGUUCUGGUCGCAGCACAUUUCCUUCAUUCUAGUGGGCAUCAUCAUCGUUACCUCCAUCAGAGGACUUCUUAUCACUCUCACCAAGUUCUUCUAUGCCAUCUCCAGCAGCAAAUCCUCCAACGUGAUUGUCCUCCUCUUGGCACAGAUCAUGGGAAUGUACUUCGUCUCCUCCGUGCUCCUGAUCCGGAUGAGCAUGCCCCUGGAGUACCGCACCAUCAUCACUGAGGUUCUGGGAGAACUGCAGUUCAACUUCUACCACCGCUGGUUCGACGUCAUCUUUUUGGUCAGCGCCCUGUCCAGCAUCCUCUUCCUGUACCUGGCACACAAGCAGGCACCAGAGAAGCACAUGGCUUUAUAAUCCGCGCCUCAACCACAAAUGAUUGCGUGUCCUACCGGUGUCUCCUGGUGGUAUCCUCUGCCGGUGUCUCCUCUGGUAUCUCCUGGUGGUCUUUCCUAGUGAUAUAUACUGGUGGUGUCUCCUGGUGGUAUCUCCUGAUGGUAUACCAUGGCGGUGUUUCCUGUUGGUAUACCAUGUCGGUGUCUCCUCUGGUAUCUCCUGGUGAUAUAUACUGGUGGUGUCUCCUGAUGGUAUACCAUGGCGGUAUCUCCUGAUGGUAUACCAUGACGGUGUCUCCUGGUGGUAUGUCCUGAUGGUAUACCAUGGCGGUGUUUCCUGUUGGUAUACCCUGCCGGUGUCUCCUCUGGUAUCUCCUGGUGGUCUUUCCUGGUGAUAUAUACUGGUGGUGUCUCCUGGUGGUUUCUCCUGAUGGUAUACCAUGGCGGUGUUUCCUGUUGGUAUACCCUGCCGGUGUCUCCUCUGGUAUCUCCUGGUGAUAUGUACUGGUGGUGUCUCCUGUAAUAUCAGUCAGUAUCUCAGCCUGGUCUGGAGGAUACAUCCAUUGCACAGGAUCUGGGCUUAUCGACUUAUCUGACUUCGGGAAGUACCACACCAAACCUCUGAUUUGAGACAACUGACCAGGGGCUUCCCCCACCACUACCACAACCCGAAUUUAAGGCCAUUUAUACUGCAGCCACAGAUGAAGCGUAAUAAUAUUAUGAAGAAAUUCUCUAUGAUUUAAAUUCACCUUUUUUGAGCACCUUCACCAAUUGCACUGCAGGUCUCCAUGAUCUGAGAGGAGCCUAUAGCUCUGGUCAUCUUGAACUGCUGGAACUGAACGGCAGAGCUACAGUGAAGACUGACACACAGGAAAAAGGAAGUGGGGGUGAUGUUUACCUUGUAAACCCUGUGGUUACUGUAAUGGCCGGCAUUGGCCCUUGUCGUUCAUGUAGGAGCCCGAGAUGACAGUUGAUUAAAGAACAAUUCACCAUAAAUAAA